CACAGGGGCGGGCGCACACAGAGCGGGCGGGCAGGCAUGCGCACGCCACCGUCUACGUCGUAGUGAACGAAGCUGCACUUCUUGGUCCAGAGGGCGGGGCUUUCAGUCAAAGUACACAAGCUACUCAGUGAAGAGAGAAUUCUGCUGGAGGGAAUGGCUGCCUCCUCGUCCUCGUCGUCAGCUGGCGGGGUCAGUGGGAGCUCUGUCACUGGUUCUGGCUUCAGCGUUUCAGACCUUGCCCCGCCGCGGAAAGCUCUGUUCACCUACCCUAAAGGAGCCGGAGAGAUGUUAGAAGACGGCUCUGAGAGGUUCCUCUGUGAGUCGGUGUUUAGCUAUCAGGUGGCGUCCACGCUUAAACAGGUGAAGCAUGAUCAGCAAGUUGCUCGGAUGGAAAAGCUGGCUGGCUUGGUGGAAGAGCUGGAGGCUGAUGAGUGGCGGUUUAAACCCAUCGAGCAGCUGCUGGGGUUCACGCCCUCUUCGGGUUGAUGUCGCCUGCAUGGUCGCUCCUAGGGCACAGCCACCCAGAGAUUCACAGCUGUACUAUGAGCUGCAUGUCUGAAUUCACAUCCUAACUUGGUUCCUCUGUUUCUGUUAUUAGGCCACAAAUGCUCACGUGAGAUGUUACUGAGAAGUCUUUCACAUGUUUGCUUCUAAAAGUAUUGGGAGGCAAGUACAGGAGGAUCUCUGUGAGUUUGGGGCUAGCUUGAUCUACAUAAAGUUCCAGGACAGCCAGGGCUACAUAGAGAGACCCUGUCUCAAAAAUAAAAAAAGUAGCCGGUGUUGCACGCCUUUAAUCCCAGCACUUGGGUGGCAGAGGCAGGCGGAUCUCUCUGAGUUCGAGGCCAGCCUGGUCUACAAGAGCUAGUUCCAGGACAGGCUCCAAAAGCUACAGAGAAACCCUGUCUCGAAAAUAAAUAAAUAAAAUAAAAAUAAAAAAUAAAGUAUUGUGGAUCAGAUUAAGGCAGUCCUCUUAGGGAAACAGGAGGGUUGGGAUUUCAGAGAUAGUUAUACGAGUCUCCCAAGCCAGACACACGCCAGAGUUCGCCAACUGAUGGCACGUGUCCUGUCAUUCAUAGAGCACCUGGAAGCUUUCUCCAGUCAAACCCAAGGUCAGGAUCCGUAGUCUCACGGUCACGGCCCAAACAUUUCUUAUCACAGAUGAGUAUGAUUUCAGCUCAGGGUCUAUCCAGAUGGGGGAUUUUAAGGUGUUCUUUCUCCCUCUCUUAGACAUUUAAAUGUUACAGAUUAUAUUUCUCGCCUCUUAUGAUAUGCUAAAUGGUGCUACCCCACCCCAUUCCUGCACCCUAAAAUUGUUUUUUGAAUUUUGCAGCACUUGAAAAAAUAAAGUGACCUAAUUCCUUUUAGA